AUGUCUGACAGGAGGCUGCAGUCUUCGCGCGAUGAUCGCCGGAGAGACCGCGAUGGAGACCGCGGUGGCAGGGAGCGCAAUCGCUCGCGCUCGCCUAGGAGAGAUGCUCCAACCAUGGCUCCGCCACGCAACCGCGGAGACCAUGGUGAGUUAGAUUCCUAUUCUCAUAGUCGUGGCCAUCGAGAGCGGGAGCGGGAGGAGAGGUAUGGCGGGUAUGGCGGGCGGGACAGCAGGCGUGACAACAGAGACUGGGACAGAGAUCGGGACCGUGGGUCUGCGCGCAGAGACGCGAGGCGUGACGACGAUGGCCGCAGACGUGACAACCGCAGAGACCGCGACGCGUACGACGAUCGCAGGAGGCCGCGCGACGACCGAGAGCGACGCGACGUCGACCGAGACCGUGCCCGCGACCGCGAUGACAUGCAGCAGAUGGAGAGGCAGUCGGUCAAGAAAGAAGGAGGAUCACCACCACGCAAGGUCAAGGAGCCGACGCCCGAUCUCACCGACGUCGUGCCCAUCUUGCAGAAGAAGCGCAGGAUGACACAGUGGGACAUCAAGCCACCAGGAUACGAGAACGUCACCGCAGAGCAGGCCAAGCUGUCCGGCAUGUUCCCACUUCCCGGCGCACCGAGGCAGCAGCCGAUGGACCCAACGAAGCUCAAGGCGUUCAUGGACCAGCCGGGUGGCUCAGCCAACGGUGCAGCACUCAAGCCAUCCACAGCGCGUCAGUCCAAGCGUCUCUUCGUCUACAAGCUCCCGGCGUCCGCUACUGACGACAAGGUUGCCGAAUUCUUCAACCUGCAGCUCAAUGGCACGAAUGUCACCCGCGGUGUUGACCCCUGCAUCUCCGCUCAGGUCAGCAAGGAUGGCAGCUACGCACUGCUCGAGUUCAAGACCCCCGAAGACGCAACCAACGCCUUGGCUCUCGACGGCACUGUCAUGGAUGCCGGAGCCAUGGACACCAGCACUGGCCAGUCGGGUCACGAUUCUGGGCUGUCCAUCAAGCGCCCGAAAGACUACAUCGUGCCAGCUGUGACCGACGAGACCGAGAAUCCGGCCGGCGUCCUCUCGAGCACCGUGCCAGACACCCAGUAUAAGGUCUCAGUCACCAACAUUCCAGUAUACCUCAGCGAAGAGCAGGUGCAAGAACUUCUCGUGUCGUUCGGGGAGCUCAAGAACUUUGUUCUCGUCCAAGACACCUCGUCAGGUCAAAGCCGCGGCAUCGCUUUCUGCGAGUAUACCAAUGCCAAAGAGGCUACCGAUAUCGCCGUUGAGAGUCUUGACGGUAUGGAGCUCGGAGACAGCAUUCUCAAAGUUCAGCGCGCCAGUAUUGGCAUCCAGCAGAUGAGCGGCGAGCUGAGUGUGAACGCUAUGAGCAUGAUGGCAGGCACGACCAAUAAGGACGCAGACUCUGGCAGGGUCUUGUGCCUGAUGAACAUGAUCACGCCAGAGGAGUUGAUGGAUGCUGACGAGGCGGAUGAGAUCCUGGAGGAUGUGAAAGAAGAGUGUGUCAAGUACGGUCCGAUCCUCGAGGUCAAGAUGCCCCGUCCGACCACCGGAAACAGGCAGAACAACGGUAUCGGCAAGAUCUACAUCAAGUACGAGGACUCGAGUUCCGCGAAGAAGGCGCUUGCUGCGCUUGCUGGGAGGAAGUUCGCCGAUCGUACGGUGGUGGUCACGGUGUUUGGUGAAGAGUACUUUGACGUGAAUGCUUGGUAG